AUGAUAAGACCUUCACGACUUACCAUCCUCUUAUCUAUAAUUCAAGCUUCUUGUCUUAAAGAUGAUUCUCCAUGCUAUCUCCAUGUGGUUCAACUACCUUGGAUCAUGCUUAAAUAUGAUGCCAUGAUUAAUCUGCAACAAUUUCAACCUUACAUCAUUCUAACAUCCAUAUGCAAUACGAGCUUCUUAGAAGCAUUUUCUCAAGUCUCAUCUUCUUCUCUCAAAUCUCAACGCAAAAUCACUGCAAGUCCGCAACGGCCGACGGCGUUGCUGCCAUCACCACUACCACAACAUCAUCCCAUCGACUUCGCCGCACACCAGCCCCUUUGCUCAGCCACUGGAUUUGAAAGGUUAGAUCUAUCAUCUAUGUACUCUAUCAUCCUAUUAGGUUUUAAUUUACCAGCAUCUAAUAUCUCUUGUUUGGUGAGAUUUGCAAAAGAUAAUGGAAUGUCAGUGUCACUGUCAAUAUUUACCAAGGAUAAUAUAGGUUACGUCGAAGGUCUAUCUGUAUGA